AUGGCAGGAUUCAAGAGCGCCAAGCGUGUUCGCCCGGGCGAUGACGAUAGCGACGUUGAAGUCCAGACCAAGUCAACCAAGACAGGCAAGAAGGCCAAGACUGGCAGUGGUGAUCUCGAGUCCGGCAAAGACAGUGAUGGUAAUUCUUGGUGGAGUCUCUCAGGCAAGCGUCGUGUAGGAAUAUCAGAGUUUCAAAAGAAACCUUACAUCAAUAUCCGCGAGUAUUGGACCGACAAUGAUGGUGUUCUAAAGCCCGGUAAAAAGGGCAUCUCACUUCCCCUCGAGCAAUACAAUGCUUUGCUCAAGGCGAUCCCCGCCAUCAAUGCCGAACUCGUCGCCCAAGGUCUCGACGUUGCGGAUAUCCCAUCCGGUGCCCCUUCGAAAGCUACCGAGAAGUCUUCUUCGGACAAGAAGUCCAAGAAGUCGAAUAUCGAAGAGACAAGCGACGAGGACGAGGAUGAAGACUAG